CCGACCGGGAGCCGGCGCUGCGGCGAAGGCAGGAGGGAAGGAGGCGCGCGGCGCCCGCCCCCGUCCGCGCUGCUCGGAGCCGGAGCCGGAGGCGCAGCGAGGCGCUAGCCCCAGGCCGGUCCCGACGCCGGCCCCCACCCCGCGAGGCGGCCCUUCCCUGCGCAGCGGUGGCAGCGGCGGGCGGGAUGACGGCGGAGGAGAUGAAAGCGGACGGGGCUCCCAUGGAGGGGGCGGACAUCACCCCCAAGCGGGAUGAGGGCGUCCUCAAGGUUGUCAAGAGAGAAGGCAGUGGGACAGAGUCUCCGAUGAUAGGUGAUAAAGUGACCGUCCAUUACACAGGAUGGCUCCUUGAUGGCACAAAAUUUGACUCCAGUCUGGACAGGAGAGACAAAUUUUCAUUUGACUUGGGGAAAGGUGAGGUGAUCAAAGCAUGGGACAUUGCUGUGGCAACUAUGAAGGUUGGUGAAAUCUGUCGGAUUACAUGUAAACCAGAAUACGCCUAUGGCUCAGCUGGGAGCCCCCCAAAGAUACCUCCCAAUGCUACACUGAUUUUUGAGAUAGAACUUUUUGAGUUCAAGGGGGAGGACCUCACUGAUGACGAAGACGGUGGCAUCAUCCGAAGAAUCCGUAAAAAAGGGGAAGGCUACUCCAAGCCCAACGAGGGUGCGCUUGUAGAGAUCCAGUUUGAAGGCCGAUAUGGAGAUCGUGUUUUUGACAGGCGGGAAUUGCGGUUUGAGAUCGGAGAAGGUGACAACUAUGAUCUUCCUCAUGGUCUGGAGAAAGCAAUUCAAAAAAUGGAGAAAUCUGAGGAAUCCGUGUUCUAUCUCAAACCCAACUAUGGUUUUGGAAGUGCUGGGAAGGAGAAAUUUCAGAUCCCUCCAGAUGCAGAGCUACAAUAUGAAGUGAAACUCAAAAGCUUUGAAAAGGCUAAGGAGUCUUGGGAAAUGAACACAGAUGAGAAGCUGGAACAAAGCUGCAUUGUGAAGGAGAGAGGCACGCAGUACUUCAAGGAGGGGAAAUACAAACGGGCAGCAUUGCAGUAUAAGAAGAUUGUGUCAUGGCUGGAGCAUGAAUCAGGACUCUCUGAUGAGGAGGAUACAAAAGCCAGAAGCUUGAGGCUUGCUGCUCACCUUAAUCUAGCUAUGUGCCAUCUCAAGCUGAAGGAAUACUCCCAGGCUUUGGAGAACUGCAACAAGGCACUUGAAUUGGAUAGCAACAAUGAAAAAGGCCUCUUCCGGCGUGGAGAAGCACACUUGGCUGUCAAUGACUUUGAACUGGCCCGGGGAGAUUUCCAGAAGGUGAUACAACUUUAUCCAAGUAACAAAGCUGCCAAAGUGCAACUGGUAACUUGUCAGCAAAAAAUACGGGAGCAGCAUGAGAAAGAGAAGAAGAUGUAUGCCAACAUGUUCCAAAGGCUUGCAGACAAAGACUUAAAGUCAGCUGCUACUCUUCAAACCAGCCACACUGAGGAUGCAGAAAUGAAAGAUGAGCAGAAUGGAGUUGAAGAUAAAUCGGAAGUUGACACAGAAGCAUAAAAACAAACCCUAUUCCAUUAGUUUUGUAAAUGAAAGAAUUUCCAGUGAAUUAGACCUUUAUUUUUCUACCUGGUUGGACAGUGGCUUCAGGGGAGCAGAGGCUGAAGCCACCAUGCCACCAUCAGUUACAGCUUUAUAUGUCUGUUGAAGAAGCUGAGUGGCAGCAUAAAUCUGGUUUAAUCCUAGGGACUUUAUUUAUUCAUUCAGCCUCUGUUGCUGUUUGGGUUCUGUCUGGAUUUACUCUGCUUGGUUUAUUUGCAUUUUGCCAUUGGUGUUUGUCUCUUUCUGGUUCCAGCUCACUUUAAUCCCAGGUUCUGCUUCCUAAAUUUAUUUCCUUGAUUUCUUUCAAGUAAUCAGCCUUUUCCAGGAGUCCUCACAUGAGACUUGAGAACAAAUUGACGCUCCCAGUUUUUCUGCCUUGGGAUUGCCCCUUCCCCCUUGUUCAGUAGGGAGUCCCUUCCAUUAAGUGUUGUAACCUUUCUUGUAUGCCUCCUCUUUGCAAAUUGCUGAAGGUGAAGACUGUGAAGUCACAGCUUAAGUAAUAAAGCUCCAAUUAAACUCAAGAAAACAGAACUUUUCGUGGGUUUUUAUUGGAAUUUGCACAGAAUUAAGAGAAUUUACUGUCCUUUGGUCAUUCAGCGUUUUCUCAUCCACAUAGCUGUACAGUAGCUGCAGUAUCUGAUUGUUUUUUAGUGUUGUUUGUUCAUUGCCUUAGAAAAUUCCCACAACAAUUGAUACAGUAUUUACCCAUAUAUUUGCAAAAGGGGAAAAACAUGUUGCUGAAAAUUGUACAAAAAGCAAGUCUGUAACCUAUGCAUAGAGCUUAUUUUGUGUUCGUAUUGCUACGUUCCUCUUCACCCUCCACAUUGUAAAACUGGACCAGAAAAAAACCAUUUAUUUUUACCCAAAAGUGACUGGCUGUGAAGAGAAAAUAGGUGAUGAUGGUUUAACACAUUACAAAUACUUCUAAGUCCUAAUGAACUACAAACUUGUGAGCAAUUCUAAUGUCUGCUUAUCCCCAUUCACAAGAAAGCUAUUACUUGAUAUUCUGCUUCGUUCUGCAGUAUGUUGUGUGUCUUGUUCGGGGACUGGUGUGCUUUUGGGUUCUGUGUGAGCUUUUUGUUGGGGGGGGGGGGGGUGUUUGUCUGCAGGCAUGGCACAUAGUAUUCAAACUUGCCUUCUCUGUUUAUCCUGUUAUGUAGUGUUAAACUCAGCAUCUCCACUGUCCUGACAUCCUCUAGCAGCCAGUAGGGAUGCUUUUUUGCCUCCUCUGCAGGAGGAAGGUAGAUAAUCUUCCUUUCAGAUACAAAAAUGGAUUUUUUUGCAGUGAGAAAGAUGUUUUGUCUUUGCAUGGCACGGGAUGGGCUGGAAUUGUGUGUAUAUUGCAGAGAUUAACAUGAAUGACAUCUGAAAAUCUGAGUUCCUGGUCUCCUUUGCUGUGAGAAAAGUAGUGUAUGAGCGCUUACUGGUGAGGCUCUUACGGGCCAGGAGGUUGCUGGUACCUGCCCCAGCAGGAGCGCCGGCUUGGGCCUGGCAGCUGCGUGACCGAACCAUCACCAAAGCAGUAGGGCCUGCUUGCCAUGCUGUCCAAGACAAGAAGUUCCCUGCCUGCGGCUGGGCUGGAGCUAGGCGAGGGAGCUGCGUGGUGCAGCAAUGCCCUCGGCUUCACUGGGGUGGGAGAGGGACUGGGGAAGAGGCAGGAUGAAGUGCUUGGUAGGUCAUAGCGUUUAAGGAAAUGCUGAUUUGACUUGCUUAGCAAAAUCUUAGCGUUGCCAGGUAAUGCAGGUGCUUUUCACGGGUUCUGACUCUCAAUAGGAUCAGCCCUGUGGAUGUGCAAACUGUUUCACCUUGUACCAAAGCACGGCUACCUCUAAGGGGAACGUUACAGAGCGGUGACAACAAGGUGUGAAGAAGGUCUGCCAGCUGAAGUUACCAGAGGGGAUGUUCAGAGACAGCAGAAGAGUAAGGGGAGCAGGAAUGCAAAGGAAGGGUUCUUCUUCUCCAGCAAGGAGAUACCUUGAUUUGUUGGGAAUUGUUACUGGAAAUAAUGAACCCCUGUGGCUGAAACUGUUGUUGCUGUGAAAGUAAGCGUAGGGCCAUGUCCUAGUGAUAAAUUUCUAAUUCUUGGAACAACAGUUUUCAAAAAUCUCCCACAGGGAUGACAGUUCUUCAACCUGUUUUUGAAAGCAAAAAGUGAGAUUAUUUCUAUAGCGCGUCUAAACAAUUCCUGAAAUCAAUGGUGGAUAUGUUAAGUGCGAGCAAUCUUGAAAUUACCAUUUUGCCCUCCUUGUUAGUAUAUAACGAACUAUGAAACGUUUAAGAAUGUAAAUCAACUAAGGACACUAAACGUGCCCUCUUCAGGCAGCUGAAAGACGCUUCCAUGCCAACUCUAAAUAUGGGUCUAGCUACCAGCAGAAGAUGCCAUGUAGUGUUUAUCAGCGAGGUGAUGCAUGUAAACUUCAGCUAUGAACUAUUCAUUAUGUCCUUACGGAAAAAUGCUUAAAAUAAACAACUACAAUACUGACUUUGUAAACCAC